UUGAAGUGUAUUUCUUCGAUGCAAUGGCAUUUUUGAGGAAUUUGCCGAGACGCGGAAAACCAUCCAUCAUGGAUCUCACUUGUGGUCGUUGCCACUUCAAAAUAGAUGCCAAAGAGGGCAUGCAACUAUUUCUCAGGCGGCACAUGCCUGACGCCGGUGAAUUUGCCAGGACAGGUUUGAACAGCGUUCCAUGGGGCAACAGAAAACAAGUUGGAAUCUACGAUCCUGGUCGAUUUGCGCCUCCAUCGCGACAGGUGCGAGAAGUCUUGGUCGGUGGCAAAAUUGGCUGUCCCCGAUGUGGUGCGGUGGAAUGGAGAGCUUUACAAUGAGCUGUGCAUAGCUGGCUAUCUAGUUGUCAAUACAGACCCGGAACCGAAGAGUUCGUCAAAGGCGACAUGGAAAACAUGGAGUUCCCAAACUGUUGC